AUGGAUUACAGAAUCAAUCUCAGUGACAUCGAUAUCCUUCAAACCUUAGGCAAAGGUAUAAGCUAUUUAGGUGCUUAUGGAAGAGUGAGGCUUGGCUGCAUGAAAUCAACUGGCCAAUAUGUAGCAGUAAAAAUAAUAAAAAAAGCAGCAAUAUUACAACAAAAGGAAGUUGAGCAUCUAAUCUCAGAAUUUUCAAUUUUAAGAAGAAUCAAUCAUCCUUUUAUAGUAGACUUCAAAGGAUUUAACCAAGACUCGAGGUACUUAUAUUUGAUACUGCAAUAUGUGCCAGGUGGGGAUCUUUUCAGAUACCUCCGAACUAUCGGGAAACUUGAAAACAGCCAUGCGUGUAUUUACGUUGCGCAGAUGAUUUUGGCUUUGCAAUAUUUACAUCAAAAUAAUAUUGUAUAUAGAGAUUUGAAGCCAGAAAAUAUUUUAAUUGGAGCUGAUGGUUACUUAAAGCUAACAGAUUUUGGGUUUGCCAAAGUUAUAGAAGCAAGAACUUAUACUCUUUGUGGUACACCAGAGUACUUAGCUCCAGAAAUCAUAUUAAAUAAAGGCCACGAUCAUAGUGUAGACUGAUGGACUAUCGGAGUUCUUAUUUUUGAAAUGCUUGCAGGGAUUGACCCAUUCAACACAAAUGAUCCAUCGAAAAUAUACAAAAGGAUUCUUACUUCCCCUCUGUGAGCGAACAAAACCAUUGGAAAAAUCCCUAUUUUUUGCCCAAAAACUCACCUUCUGUGAGAGAAUAAAAAAUUUUUUAAGAAAACUUAUUUUGAUAUAUAUUUAAUAAUUAUUAUAAUGAAACCUCUAUCUAAUUCUGUUGAAUUUUAAAGCAUAAAUUUUUAUAAAUUAAAUUAAAUAUUUUCUUUAAAAUUAUUUCGAAUAUUGAUUCUUUUAAUUUCGAAAAAAAAUAGAAACUUUUUUUAAAAUAAAUUUUGUUUGCUAAUAGGAGUUAGUGGAAAAAUAAGAUAUCCACAAAAUUUUAACCCAAGGGCCAAAAAUUUAGUAAAGCAUUUGAUAGUCCACGAUGCCUCCAAAAGAUACCGACUCAACGACAUAAAAAAUCACGCAUGAUUUGAAGAAAUUGACUGAAACCGUCUGCUGCGCAAAGAUCUCCGGAUGCCAUAUGUCCCAGUACCCCGAGAUCCCACAGAAAAUUCCAACCUCGGCUACUACCCUGACUCAGUGAAUCUGGCUCCAGAAAUUGCUCCAGAGUCCGACCCAUUUAUAGAGUGGUAG